UCUCUUAUUGGGCUUUUUGGAGGAGACGAAAAAAAGCCGCUCAAUACUUCUUAGGUACGAUUCCAUCGAACGGUAUAUAGACAUCGAUUCCGUUUCAUUCCCCUCGCAGUCGCCGUCGCCGUUCGAUUCAAGGCCACGCAGUGGCGAAACAGGAGCGAGUUCAGUGUCAACCGGAUAGUCUCCAUGGGCCUCUCCCACCUCGUCAAGGCCGGCCGACCUUCUUGGAGCUUGCAGCGCUGGAACCAGUUGCGCCUCGCCGUGAAAGCCUUCGCCGUCGCCGCCCUACCAUCAGACGACAAUGGCUUCUUCAUUUUUGGUGGAAGUAUCCUCGGGGCAUACAUAUAGAGAGCAUAAUUUAUUACAAGGAGCAGCAGCAGCAGUCCCCAUUCAGAAAGGAAAACCAGCAGCAAGCCAUCACCGCAGGGGGGGAAGGGAAAGCUGUCUUGUCUCCAAAAAGAAAUCAGCAUUAUUAGAGCACUGUGAAGCCUCAAAACUAAAGAGAACUAAAGGCGGAAAGCAACCCAUAUCCAUGCUCCAGCAAUCGAACAUUUCUUUUGCACUCAAAGCAGGAGUAGCAUCACCAGUUCGCAGAAAAAAGAGAUUUUGGGAUCAGAAUCCCAGGGUUUCAGAGAAUGUAUCGCUUCAGCAACACCGUGAUCGGUUACCUGAACCUGUUGACGCUGCUGGCGUCCAUCCCCAUCAUUGGCGGCGGGCUGUGGCUGGCGCGGAGCUCCGCCACCUGCGAGUCGUUGUUGCAGACGCCGCUCCUGGUGCUGGGUUUCGUGGUGCUGCUCGUCUCGCUUGCGGGGUUCGCAGGCGCCUGCUUCAACGUGGCGUGGGCGCUGUGGCUCUACCUCCUCGUCAUGCUGUUCCUCAUCGCGGCCCUCCUCAGCCUCACCGCCUUCGGCUUCGCCGUCGCCGGCGGCAGCGGCGGCGGGGUCGAGGUCCCCGGGCGCGUCUACCACGAGUACCACCUCGACGGCUAUUCCCGGUGGCUCCGGCGUAGGAUCACAGAGCCGCGAUACUGGAGCGCCGUCUUGGCGUGCGUCGUGGGGUCGAAGACAUGCGCCAAGAUCGCUCUUUGGACGCCUUUGGACUACAUCCAGAGGGACCUCUCCCCGAUUCAGUCGGGCUGCUGCAAGCCCCCAACAACGUGCACGUACACCGGAGGGAUGGCGGUGGCAGCGCAAGACGAAGACUGCUACCGCUGGAACAAUGCGGCCAACAUCCUCUGCUAUGACUGCGACUCAUGCAAGGCCGGCGUGUUAGAGCAGGUGAGGAGGGACUGGCACAAGCUCACCAUCCUCAAUGUCGUCGUUCUCGUCUUCCUCAUCGCCGUUUACUCCGUCGGCUGCUGUGCUUUCCGCAACGCCCGGCGUGCGGAAUUCGGGUAUCCCUAUGGCCCGAACCGCAUGUCCAAAGCUCACCCCUUCUGGGACGACUACUGGUGGAGGCCGCGAGACAGAUGAGCACAGCUCUACCGAUGACACUGCCUUUUUCCCCCCUCUGUUGUCGUGCUUGUCAGGUGGCGUACGUACACUGUAGACCAUAAAAGAAGUUUCCAGGGUUUGGAUGUGAAGAGUAUGCAUGCUAAGAAUCUGCAGAACUGUACAGCUUUAGUACAUACCCGAUGCAGAAACCAUGCUUUCCUCUCGUC